AUGGUUUUGACAUGGCUUCUCUUGUUGGGUCCAGCAGUUCUGGAGGCCAAAACAGCUCCCUACGUCCACCUGGUGAACGGAAGGCACCGGUGUGAAGGUCGUGUUGAGAUCUACUACCGGGGACGGUCGGGGACAGUGUGUGAUGACUUCUGGGACCUCCCUGACGCCCAGGUUGUGUGCAGGCAGCUGGGCUGUGGCAGGGCCAUUGCAGCUCUGGGAAGUGCCUACUUCGGGCAGGGCUCGGGUGACAUCGUGCUGGACAACGUGAGGUGCAGUGGAAAUGAGGCGUCCUUGCUGCGCUGCAACCACACGGGGUGGAGGAUCCACAACUGCGCCCACUAUGAAGACGCUUCUGUUGUCUGUUCAGAGGAGUCUGAUUCAAAACCAAUGUCUACAGCAGAUUCAGCACUGGGGACAGCCUCCACAGUAGGGACAACACCCAUAGAACCAAUGAUGUCUCUAAGAGAGACAUCAGUGCCAGCAUCAAGAGUCUUCACAAAUGAGAUGACAUACCCUGAGGAGAUGGUCACAACUGGAUUAACCACCAGCACAGAGGAGACAACCACCAUGGUGACAUCAUCCCCCACAGCAGAGGAAUCCUUCCUAGAGCAGACGGUCACCACAGUGCCAAUGACAACCAUAGCAGUCACACCCAACCCGUGGCAAACAACCAUGAGAGGGAUGUCUGCUCUACCAGAGACAGAAGUGCCAUCCUCUGCCCCACCACUGCCGUACUCACUGCCUGAUAUGAUCAGCACAGUGGAGGAGAGCACAACAGACCUGACUGCACUGCAGACAGACUCCCAAAAUGACAGGAGAGAGUUCCAUGCUCUCUUCUCCCAUUAUUUGUCCAGCUCUGCUUUUCAUGUCCAUUGCCAUUGCACUAAUGACCUCCUUAGCAGGAGCAUCCAGCCCAACAUACUCGACCAGCGCACCGCCACCCACCAGCCCACCAGAGACACCCACCUCAGCAGUGAUGUCCACUUCAGUAGUGAUGCCCACCUCAGCAGAGAUGUCCACCUCAGCAGAGACGUCACCCGCAACAGAGAUGACCAGCCCAAUGGCAUCCAGAGCCACACCAGAGAUGUCCACACUGCCAUCCAGUGCCAUGCCAGAGACGUCCACCCCAGCAGAGAUGCCCAGCUCACCAGAGACAACCACAUUCACAAGGAUGACAACCUCACCCUUGUUGGGCACCUCAGAGAAAAUACCUAUGAGGCCAGAGGAGAACACACCAGCAGGGAUACCCAUGAUAGAGCAGAAGAUAAAGGAAACAAACUUCAUAGCACAGACGACAACCUCAGCAGAGACAGCCACCUCAGCAGAGAUGACCACCUCAGCAGAGACAACCGCCUCAGCAGAGAUGGUGACUUCAGAAGGGAUUCCAAGAGGGGAAAGCAGCACACCAGCAGCCCCGUUGCAGUGGCCCAUGUGGGCAGAGCAGAGAGCUGGGCUGCUGUGAGCUCAUCCUUGUCCCCGUGCCGUGUGCCAGGGCCCGGCGUGCGGCUGUCGGGCGGCAGGAACGGCUGCGAGGGCCGCGUGGAGCUGUACGACGGCAGCACCUGGGGCACCGUGUGUGACGACCAGUGGGACAUGCAGGAUGCCCAGGUGGUCUGUCAGCAGCUGGGCUGUGGAGAGCCCCUGGCUGCGCUGGACACUGCUCACUUUGGCCCGGGCUCCGGCCGCAUCUUCCUGGACGACGUGCAGUGCCACGGGGACGAGCCCUCCCUGCAGAUGUGCCGGCACAGCGGCUGGGGCAUGCACAACUGCAGGCAUGUGGAGGAUGCCAGUGUCAUCUGUGCAGGUGCCAAUCCAACCCCUCCUGCUCAAUGGCCGUACACAACAGGGCCCGGCGUGCGGCUGUCGGGCGGCAGGAACGGCUGCGAGGGCCGCGUGGAGCUGUACGACGGCAGCACCUGGGGCACCGUGUGUGACGACCAGUGGGACAUGCAGGAUGCCCAGGUGGUCUGUCAGCAGCUGGGCUGUGGAGAGCCCCUGGAUGCCCCACAAAAUGCUCACUUUGGCCCGGGCUCCGGCCGCAUCUUCCUGGACGACGUGCAGUGCCGCGGGGACGAGCCCUCCCUGCAGAUGUGCCGGCACAGCGGCUGGGGCGUGCACAACUGCGGGCACGUGGAGGAUGCCAGUGUCAUCUGUGCAGGGUGCCGUGUGCCAGGGCCCGGCGUGCGGCUGUCGGGCGGCAGGAACGGCUGCGAGGGCCGCGUGGAGCUGUACGACGGCAGCACCUGGGGCACCGUGUGUGACGACCAGUGGGACAUGCAGGAUGCCCAGGUGGUCUGUCAGCAACUGGGCUGUGGAGAGCCCCUGGAUGCCCCACGCAAUGCUCGCUUUGGCCCGGGCUCUGGCCGCAUCUUCCUGGACGACGUGCAGUGCCGCGGGGACGAGCCCUCCCUGCAGAUGUGCCGGCACAGCGGCUGGGGCGUGCACAACUGCGGGCACGUGGAGGAUGCCAGUGUCAUCUGUGCAGCCGCAACUCCAGCACCCAUCUCAUCCUCACCAUACUCCACAGGGCCCGGCGUGCGGCUGUCGGGCGGCAGGAACGGCUGCGAGGGCCGCGUGGAGCUGUACGACGGCAGCACCUGGGGCACCGUGUGUGACGACCAGUGGGACCUGAGGGAUGCCCAGGUGGUCUGUCAGCAGCUGGGCUGUGGCCAGCCCCUGAGAGCCCCAGGCAACGCUCGCUUUGGCCCGGGCUCCGGCCGCAUCUUCCUGGACGACGUGCAGUGCCGCGGGGACGAGCCCUCCCUGCAGAUGUGCCGGCACAGCGGCUGGGGCAUGCACAACUGCGGGCACGUGGAGGAUGCCAGUGUCAUCUGUGCAGGGCCCGGCGUGCGGCUGUCGGGCGGCAGGAACGGCUGCGAGGGCCGCGUGGAGCUGUACGACGGCAGCACCUGGGGCACCGUGUGUGACGACCAGUGGGACCUGAGGGAUGCCCGGGUGGUCUGUCAGCAGCUGGGCUGUGGCCAGGCCCUGAGAGCCCCAGGCAACGCUCGCUUUGGCCCGGGCUCCGGCCGCAUCUUCCUGGACGACGUGCAGUGCCGCGGGGACGAGCCCUCCCUGCAGAUGUGCCGGCACAGCGGCUGGGGCGUGCACAACUGCGGGCACGUGGAGGAUGCCAGUGUCAUCUGUGCAGGGCCCGGCGUGCGGCUGUCGGGCGGCAGGAACGGCUGCGAGGGCCGCGUGGAGCUGUACGACGGCAGCACCUGGGGCACCGUGUGUGACGACCAGUGGGACCUGAGGGAUGCCCAGGUGGUCUGUCAGCAGCUGGGCUGUGGCCAGCCCCUGAGAGCCCCAGGCAACGCUCGCUUUGGCCCGGGCUCCGGCCGCAUCUUCCUGGACGACGUGCAGUGCCGUGGGGACGAGCCCUCCCUGCAGAUGUGCCGGCACAGCGGCUGGGGCGUGCACAACUGCGGGCACGUGGAGGAUGCCAGUGUCAUCUGUGCAGGCAUGUCCACAUCCACAUCUUCGUCCAUGUCCAUGUCCAUGUCCAUGUCCAUGUCCAUGUCCAUGUCAAUGUCCGUGUCCGUGUCUGUGUCCAUGUCUGUCUAUGUCCAUGUCCAUCCAUUGUUACAAUCCUGCUGCAUUCACUACCCAUUUGUUCACUGCCUGUUCUUUGUUGCAGCUCCCCAGCCAACCCCUCCUCCUCAAUGGCCGCUCACAACAGGGCCCGGCGUGCGGCUGUCGGGCGGCAGGAACGGCUGCGAGGGCCGCGUGGAGCUGUACGACGGCAGCACCUGGGGCACCGUGUGUGACGACCAGUGGGACCUGAGGGAUGCCCAGGUGGUCUGUCAGCAGCUGGGCUGUGGCCAGGCCCUGAGAGCCCCAGGCAAUGCUCGCUUUGGCCCGGGCUCCGGCCGCAUCUUCCUGGACGACGUGCAGUGCCGCGGGGACGAGCCCUCCCUGCAGAUGUGCCGGCACAGCGGCUGGGGCAUGCACAACUGCGGGCACGUGGAGGAUGCCAGUGUCAUCUGUGCAGCUCCAGUGGCCACUUCAACACCUCCACCAGCACCUUAUUUUUGUGGUGGCUCGGUCUCAGAUCCCUCUGGGGUGCUGCAGAGUCCCAACUACCCUGGAAAUUAUCCAAACAACGCUGACUGCGUGUGGGAAAUACAAGUGGAGAAUAAUUUCCGUGUAACGCUGACAUUUAGAGAUAUUGUGAUGCAAAGUGGGACGUGCCAGCAUGACUACAUUGAAGUCUAUGAUGGACCUCUCCACUCUUCCCCUCUUCUUGGGAGAUUCUGUUCUGGCUCCUUUCCCACAUACGUGUCCUCUUCAAACAUGAUGAGUGUUCGCUUCCACAGUGAUUCCAGGUUCUCCUUCAGAGGCUUUCAGGCUCACUACUCCUCCAUUCCAGCAGGUCACAACACCACCAUUCAGUGCUUGCCAGACUACAUGCAUGUAGUGGUCAGCAGAGAUUACCUCCAGUCCCAGGGAUACUCAGCACGGAGGGUCACCUUGAAUGACAAUCGCUGCAGACCGACAGUCACCUCACAGGAGGUUGUAUUCAACAUCCCCUACAACGGCUGUGGGACAAUACAAGAGGAGAACAACGACACAAUCAACUACGCCAACACCAUCAGGGUGGCAUCUUCCGGGUACAUAAUCAAGAGGAAGAAGAACAUCAACUUGCACGUCAGCUGCAAAAUGCUGAGGAAGAGCUGGCAGCAGGUGGUGUACGCCGCUGAGGACACCGUGGAUGUGGACGUGUACCAGUUUGGGAGAUACAACAUGAACAUCACCUUCUACGAGUCCCCGGCGUUCCGGCGCCAAGUGCGCGCCUCUCCCUACUACAUCGGCCUCAACCAAAACCUCUACCUGCAAGCCUGUCUCCACAGCUCGGACCCAAACCUGAAGGUGGUCGUGGACACGUGUGUGGCAGCGCCUGACCCCCGGGAUUUUAACACGCUGGCCUAUUACUUAGUCAGGAAUGGGUGUCCUAGAGAUUCUUCCUAUGCCACCUACAACUCCCCUUCCAGCCACUUUGCUCGGUUCAAGUUCAACGCCUUCGAGUUCAUGAGCCGGCACCCGUCGGUGUACCUCAAGUGCCAGAUGCUGGUCUGCAGGCUCGGGGACUACUCCUCCCACUGCUACAGGGGCUGCAGCUCCAGGCCCAAGAGGGACGCCAGCCCUGCUGAGGAACAAGUGGAAGUGGUGGUUGGGCCCCUCCAGCUCCGAGGAGGGGAUGCUCCCAGUGAGAGCACUGGGAAAGAUGAAUAAAUUUCUCUCACGUUUGCUCCAGGGUGACCAACGGGCUCCAAGAAAAGCCACAGCUCUGUCGUGUCUCACUGAAAUCUGCUUUUGCCAACCUUGCCAUAAAAAGGAAGUGAUCCACAACUUGCAAGCUUCUGCUUUCACCCACGUUUUAAAAAGUGUAACUUCCCUGGCUGUUCCAAAGGAGAGCUCCCUGUAAUCUUUUUAGUGCUGUAACUCCUUGAAUUGUGCUAAUUAGCUCCAGUCUGAUUGUGGAUUUGGGGAUAUGGUUUCUAGGUGGACCUAUCUGUGCUAGUUUAAUGGUAGGACUCAAUAACCUUAAAGGUCUUUUCUAACCUAAAUGAUCCCAUGAUCUCAUGACAGUCAGCUAGGAGCAAACUCCCAGCCUUCUUGAGAAAUAUUUCAUUCCCUCAGUUUUUUUCUGCUUAUGAAGUUUACUUGGUUAAGUUGUCAUCCCUCCUAAUAUGAAGCCUGUCGAAA